AAAUAAAAAGAGCAACUUUCUUCAUUUUAUUUCAUUUCAUUUUCGAGCUGUCUUGUCGUCGGCAGGCAGCUCAGCACAGCACAGCUGCUUCUUUCUUCUUCUUCUUCUUCCCCUGCCUGCCUGCGACUUUGAUUGAUUCAGCUCCCCUCCCCUCGUCGUCGCCGCCGUCACCCUCCAUUCAUUCCCCAUUCCUUUCGGCGUCCUCUCCUCCGCUGAUUCCUCCUGCGCCGCCGACUCUUGCUGCUGCGCCCCGCCAGGGCCAGGGCCGGGCCGCCGCCGCCGCAGAUCCAAGAAAGAAGCUCCGGUCGAUUUAUUCUCCGGCCAUCUCCACCUGAGUACUCAGGAUCUGCACUGCACAGCUGCAAGAUGAUGGCCCGGAAUUCAGACGGCGAGCUGGAGGAGCAGUCCACGGAGGGGUACCAGGAGGCGGCGUUCGAGGCCUUCAUGUGCCCGCUCACCAAGCAGGUGAUGCAGGAUCCCGUCACCAUCGAGACCGGCCAGACCUUUGAGCGUGAGGCCAUCCUCAAGUGGUUCAGGGAGUGCCGUGACAAUGGCCGCCGGCCCACCUGCCCGCUCACGCAGAGCGAGCUCCGCACCACCGACAUCAACCCCAGCAUCGCCCUCCGCAACGUCAUCGACGAGUGGAGGGCCAGGAACGACGAGAAGGACCUUGAGAAGGCCUGCAACGCCCUCAGGCUGCACCCCGAGGACGACGAGGAUGACACCCUGCGCGCCAUGGCCUACAUCUCGCAGAUAUGCCAGCGGAGCGGCGCCAAGAAGAACCUCGUGCGCGGCCAGGGCAUCAUAUCCACGCUCGCCGACUUGCUCAAGAGCAGCAGCAGGAGGGUCCGCCUCAAGUCCCUGCAGGUCCUCCGCACCGUCGUCGAGGACAAUGAUCAGAACAAGGAAGAGCUGGGGAAGGGCGACACGGUGCGCACGAUCAUAAAGUUCCUGUCGAACGAGCAUAUCCAGGAGAGGGAGCUUGCGGUUUCCCUGCUGUAUGAGCUCUCAGAGUAUGAGCCCGUGUGCGAAAGGAUCGGCGCGGUCUAUGGGGCCAUACUGCUGCUGGUUGGCAUGGGGAGCAGCAAGUCGGAGAACAUGAUGGCUGUGGAGAAAGCAGAGAAGACGCUCAAGAAUCUGGAGAAGUAUGACACCAACAUCAAGCAAAUGGCUGAAAAUGGGAGGCUGCAGCCUCUCCUCACCAAACUGCUUCAAGGCGGGCCUGAGGUGCAGGUUACCAUGGUUGAGUACCUCGGGGAGCUGGCAUUGGCUAACGAUGUGAAGGUGGUGGUGGCAGAGCAGGUUGGAACGCUGCUGGUGAGCAUCAUCAAAACCGGCGGCCUGCCGGCGAGGGAGGCGACGCUCAAGGCGAUGAGGGAGAUGUCAUCCAACGAGCUGAGCGCCAAGAUACUGCUGCAGGCCGGCAUCCUGCCGCCGCUGGUCAAGGACCUCUUCUCCGUCGGCGCCAGCAGCCACUUCCCCAUGAGGCUCAAGGAGGUCUCCGCCACCAUCCUCGCCAACCUGGUCGCCUCUGGGGCCAGCUUCCGCUCAAUCCCGCUCGACGACGCCGGCAGGCAGACGCUCCUGUCCGAGGACGUGGUGCACAGCCUGCUCCAUCUCAUCAGCAACACCGGCCCCGCCGUCGAGUGCAAGCUGCUCAACGUCCUGGUCGGCCUCACCAGCUCACCGGACACAGCCCAAGACGUGGUGUCGGCCAUCAAGAGCUCCGGCGCGACCAUCAGCCUGAUCCAGUUCCUGGAGGCAGCUCACCGGGAGAUCCGCGUCGAGUCCCUCAAGCUCCUGCGCAACGUGUCGCCGUACAUGGGCGCCGAGCUCGCGGAUGCCCUCGGCGGCCACCUGAGCAGCUUGCUCCGGGUGAUAUCCGACGCCGGUGGUGGUGGCGUGACAGAGGAGCAGGCGGCAGCCGUGGGCCUGCUGGGUGACCUCCCGGAGAGGGACUCGAAGCUGACGCGGCAGCUGUUUGAGCUGGGGGCGUUCGGUACGCUGAGCACGAAGCUGGCAGAGCUCCGGCGGGGCGCCAUCCGCGGGAACCGGUACACGACGCCGCUGACGGAGGGCAUGGUGAAGGUGAUGUACAGGCUGACGUGCAUGCUGCAGGAGGCGCCAGAGUACGUGGAGUUUGCGCGGGAGGCCGCCCUGGCGCCGUUGUUUGUGGAGCUGGUGCAGGUGAACGGGCAGGACGCGGUGCAGCUCUACUCGGCGAUGGCGCUGGAGAAGCUGUCCCUCGAGACGAGGAACCUGACGGUCAUCCCUGACCCCCCGCCGCCAGCGCCUUCCGGCGGCUUCCUGUGCGCAUGCUUCGGGGUGCCGUCGUCGACAGCUGCGGAUGCAGGUCGUCCGGUGGGGGUGUGCCGCGUGCACGGCGGGUUCUGUUCGCUGCGGGAGAGCUUCUGCCUGGCUGAAGGCGGGGCCGGGGGGAAGGCGGUGGAGCGGCUGGUGGCGUGCCUGGACCACCUGAACCCGGAGGUGGUGGAGGCGGCGCUGGCGGCACUGGCGACGCUGGUGGGGGAUGGUGUGGAGGCGGCAGAGGGCGUGGGGGUGCUUGGGGAUGCCGAUGGGCUGCGGCCAGUGGUGGACAUUCUGGUGGAGAACCGGACGGAGGCGCUGCGGCGGCGGGCGGUGUGGGUGGUGGAGCGCAUCCUGCGGGUGGAGGACAUCGCGCAGGAGGUGGCGGCGGACCAGACGGUGGCGUCGGCGCUGGUGGAGGCGUACCGCAACGGCGACCCGCGCACCCGGCACACCGCGGAGCGCGCCCUCCGGCACCUGGACAGGAUCCCGAACUUCUCCAGCGCGUUCCAUGCCCAAGCACGCCGGCCAUGAACAUGACAUCCGAACCUUCUUGUUGCCAUCCUUUGUGUUUCAAAUUCGAACCUUCCUUUUUUGGUGCUGUGCUAUGUAUGUAAUAUAUAUGAUGGAUGUAAAUGUGUAUGUAGCUUGAUUUUAUUGGUUUGUUCAUGUUUAAUUAAUAGGGUAGGAGUAUCAAGUAUGAGAAUCACAACCACAAUUCUCACAAUUGAAGACAUGUGAUGGUGAUAAUUUGUUAAGUUGCACCCUGAUAUAUAAUAAAGAUGUAUGUACAGAUGAGAAAAUUAUAUAUAUAUAUAUAUAUUGGUUGCAGAUUUCUACUA